CUUCCAGUGUUGCCAGACAACCUAGACCUUGGAACCAAGCGUCUCGGAUACGACUUUAACCUUCGCAACCAUUUCCUGAACUUCCGACCUCCCUCCAACCUCUUCUCUGCUUUUUUUCCAUUCUCAACUUUCUUCGCCACACGAAUCCCAUCAACUAAAAAACCCAAUCUGCAUCGUCGCGACAGCACCUCAAUCCGUAUUGCAUUUAUUCCCCGACGCUUCCGACCACUCUCGCUUCGCCCGCCGAUUAAAAAAACAACAAACCCGACCGUCGGUCAUCACUUGCCAAAAUGUCGAACCAGGAAGCUCCCUACGACCCCUACAUUCCCAGCGGCCAGGCCGCAGCCCAACAGGGUGGAAAUGCUCGAACGCAGGCCUUGCAAGCACAAAUCGACGACACCGUAGGUGUCAUGCGAGAAAACAUCAACAAGGUCUCUCAACGUGGCGAGCGUCUCGAUAACCUGCAAGAUAAGACCGACAACCUGGCUGUCUCCGCCCAGGGCUUCCGUCGCGGCGCCAACAGAGUUCGCAAGCAGAUGUGGUGGAAGGAUAUGAAGAUGAGAGCCUGCCUGAUCGGCGGCAUCAUCGUUCUAAUUCUCGUUAUUGUCGUCCCUUCCGUCCUUGCAAGCCAAGGCAAAGUGUAAAUUGUUCCAACCUGUGUCACCGCAGGGUACAUCAAGCAUGAGAUGCUAGUAGAUGACUUGAUGGGUAUGACGACGACUUGAAAUUUUCUCGCGGGUUACGAGCAAGCACAUGUGCGAAUUCCCGAAUCCACCAACACCAAAAAACUACCUUUGAGUGGGAAAUCGCAAAGAGCACAGAGAGGAGUUUGUCUUUGAUUUGACCGGUCUUUUCUUUGGCUUGCUAAAUGGAGAGAACGACGUUGCGGGAAAUGCUUGGGAUACCCGCCGAUUGUUUUCCCCCGACCCCAAGCCGUAGACGAGGGGAACCGGAACGGCGGAGGAAACCGAACUUGUAUGUAUGAUGGCGAGGCGUUUUUCGACUAAUUCAAGAGAUAUUUUACGACCCUGAAUACUAUAAUACCCCUUGACGUGCCGCGAGUACUUACUCUUGUCUCCGUCUCCCGGCCUGAUGCGCUGUCGUAAAUGUACAUCUUGGAAACUGCUGUGUGAGAUGAAUAUGAG